AUAAAAUCAUUAAAGAUGCAUAAUUUAUUUAAAAAGAAAAAAUCUACAAAUCAAUCAUCAAAUUCAUCAUCAUCUGCAUCUUCAUCAUCAUCAACAACAACGAAUCAUUAUAAUUAUUAUGGCCAUCAUCGUGGAUCAUUCAAAGGUAAUUCAAUUUCAACAUCAUCAUCAACAUCGAUUGGUCCAUUUGGACAAUUGAAUUCGAAUCGUUCAUCAUCCAUAUCAGGUUCAUCUGGUUCAACAACACGAACAACUAACCUUAAUAAUCAUUCAAUUAAUAGCCAUUUUGUAAAAAAUAAUACUGCUACAACAACCACUUCUACAACUACAAUUGGUGGUAAUAGAAAUAAUAAUAUUGGAUUAUCCGGUCCGAUGAAUAUUUUUUCAUCACAAUUAUUGACAUCACCUGGAACAUCAUCAUCAUCGUUGCCUGUUGAUAAUAAUAAUUCAAAACGAAGACAAAGUGAUACAACAACAAAUUCUACAAAUAAUGUUGAUGAUAAUUUUGGACAACAUCGUCAAUAUACAUCCGCUGUAUUUGAAUCAUUAAUCGAUGGUAGUAAUCAUAAUCAUUUACAAAAAAAUUUAAAAUCAUAUCAUAAUAAAACUUCAAACUCAUCUAAUUUUAAAUCUUAUCUAAAACAUGGUGAUCAUGAUCAUCAUCAUAACCAAUUACCUCAACAAUUAUCAACAUCUCCACAAAGUCAUAAUCAUAAUCAUGAAGCAAUUGGAAAAAAUUCUAUUCAUCAUUAUCAUCAUCAUCAUGGCCAAAUGAUAUUGACAAAUUCAAAUUUUAUACAGGCAACAACUUCGACAAAUACUUCAUCAUCAACAACAAUGAUUAGUGGAUCGCCAUGUCAAACAUAUACACCGCCGAUAAUGAUUAAUCGAAUUAUACCAGUAAGGCCUGCCCCACCACCUCCAUUACCGCCUAAACAACAAACACAAUUAAUAAUCGGUGAUAAUCAACGUAUUGGUGGUCCAAUUCAUAGCUUUCAACGUCCAUCAAUGAUCGACAACAAUCCACAGGAUUAUGAUCAUUUGAUCAAUAAUGGUCAUUCGACUAAUAUAUUUGAAUGUUUAGUUCCGAAUAAGCAGCCUAUUUUAAAUGGUCAACAGCAAUCAUCAUCGUUACCUACUAGUGUAAAUCAACAACAACAACAUAAGCAUCAACAUAGACCAUUAGAACGAACCAAUGCAAGUAAUGGUUCAGCAAAUAUCAUUGAACAAUCACUGCCAAUCACCGAGAAUUGUAGCCCACGAUCAUCACCUACCAUUCAUCGAAGAUCGACAGAAAUAAAUGAUGAAAAUUCUAAUACUGAAAUAAUAUCCGAAUAUCGUUCUAAUAACAAUGAAACUGAUUCAUCAACAUCAUCAUCAUCACCACCGACACCUCCAUUACGUACAACAUGGACAAAUCAACAAUCGAUGACUCAUAAUAAAAAUUCUUUGGAAACAUCAAAUGAUUGUGUCAUUGAAUCUGCAAUAAAUAAUGAUAACCAUAAUAAUAAUAAUGAUAAUAAUGUUUGUUCAGAUGAUCGUAUGACAUCAUCCUCUAUUAAUCAACAAAACAAUGAUGAUAGUAAUCCAAUUACAUCAACAAUACACGGUCAUAUAAUUGGAAAUGAUUUUGAACAUCCAUCCACUUCAAGAGCACCCACCAACAAUAAUAUACACAUGGAUAUUACUACUACAACACCUGAUAAAGAUUCAAGUAGCGGUACUAUUGAUACUAAUACCAAUAGAUUUUCUGGUUGUCUCGGAGUAUCGAUUCUAUCAUCAUCAUCAUCAUUAUCAUCAAAUGCGGCUAGUCCGGAAAACCUUAUAAUACACAACACUGACAGACAAUUUGAAUCAUCGAUCAAUGAUGAUGAUAAUCAUCAUUCAAAUAGCUUAGCAAUCGAUAAUGAUGAUAAUCAAACCGUUACAUUGAUGUUAAAUUCAAAUCAACCAUUGAAUUCAUCGAUGCGAACAGAUGGUCGUUCAAUCAAUCAUCGUAAACAUAUAGCAUAUCAUCAACGGCAACCAGAUCGACGUUAUGCUCGACAAAUAACGGAUGAAGAGAUAAGAAAUGCGAAUAAUUUACUUAAACAAUCGACUACUAGUAAUGAUAUUAAUGUCGAUGGUGAUAGAUUAACUGGUUCUUCGAGUGAUGAUAACAAUAUUUCACUCAACAAUUCAAAUGGUGCCAAUGUUCAAAGUGAAUGUGAUACUAAUAAUAAUAAUAAUAAUCAUGGCGAAUCAUUGUCAUCGUCAUCAUCUUCAUCAACAAGUUUAAGCUGUAAUAGUGCUUUAUCGAAUUUAAUAACACAAUUUGAAUCGGUACUUAAUAAAACAACUCCCAUACAAACAGAAUCUGUGAUUGAAUCAAUAGUAUCUGAAUCAUCAAAUGAUCAAACAAUAAUUGCCACUAAUUCACAGAAUCAAUCAUCAACACAAAUUAACAAUAAUGUCUGUGAUCGACAAUUAGAACCAUAUGUUAAUGAAAUUUGUCCAAAUGAAGCAAUGGAAUUGGAACAAUUAGAACAUAGGCGUUCACCUAAUAAUAAUAAUAAUAAUAAUAAUACAUCUAGUACAAAUUAUUAUCAUCGUAAUUUAGAUGAUAUUGCCGAAGCUUGCGAUGAUGUCGAUGUUGAUGAUGAGGAUGAUGAUGAUGAUGAUACAUCAGCUAUGAUGCAAAAUUGUGGCGAAGAUUAUUCCGAUGAUUUAGCUAGCCGAAAUUAUUUAACAGCAGUUAGAGAAAAUCAUCAUAAUCCAUCAAAUCAACAAAAUAGCUCAAGUUCUAACAUAUCACGAUCAAAUGAUGAUAGUGAUAGUGAUAUUGACAGGGAUGAUGAUGAUGUUCAUCAAGAUGAUAAUGAUGAAGAAAAUGAUGCAGAUACUGAAAUCGAAUCCGAUGCUGAUGAUGAUGAUGAAGAAGAAGAAGAUGAUGAUGAUGAUGAUGGUGAAGACGAAUCAGUUAUGAAUCAAAUUCAGCAAUCAUCAUCAUCAUCUACUGCUGGUCAACAUCGUCGUCUUGAACGUGUAGGUGUAACAUCAUCGACAAGUAAUCCAUCUACAAUAGAUGAAUGUGAUAAUAUAUCAACGACAAUAGAACAGAAUACAAAUUCUAUUGAAGAUCAGUCAACCACUUCAUUGAAUAAUGAUUCAACAAUGAUGACAACAAAUUCCAAACAAUCAAUAGAUAAUGAUAAUAAUCCACAAUUAACUAAACAACAACAAAGACGUAAUAACAUUAAUAAUUCAAUGCAUCAUCGACGAUCACAAACAGUUGUCCUUGAUGGUUUAUCACAACAUUCAAAUUCAUCACGACCACGAUCAAUGAAUAUAGGUGGUGGUCAAGGAAAUCAUCUACCUAAUGUACGAUCAGCAACCAUUACUAGGCUACCAUCAUUACCCGAACGUACAUUUCGCUAUAGUCGUGUGGAAACCGAUGAACCGUUACCGCCAAAUUGGGAAGCUCGUCGUGAUGCACAUGGUCGAAUAUUUUAUAUUGAUCAUGAAAAACGUACCACCACUUGGAUAAGACCUAUUUAUCAUCCUAACACCACAAAUAAUCAGCAAAGAAAUUCUGGCCAAAUUAAUCAAUUGAUUCAACAACCAUCAUCAUCAGGUGCUUCACAUCCAUUGACCAACAUUACAACGGCAGCAACAUCAUCAUCGGCGAGUAAUGUUGUUACGGAAUUAGAACAGCCAUUAUCAUUGGCUGCGAUUAUACCUGCUGUUUCUACUGCGAAUUCCACCAUUUCCAAUCAAUCAUUUGGCUCAGUGAUUAUCGAUCCACAAUCAAAUAAUUCAUCAGUAAAUCCUCAAUUUCCACAUGAUCCAUCAUCGAGAUCGGCCAUUUCAAUGCAUUAUAUCACAAAUGCUGAACACAUACAUCGACAACAAUUGGAUCGUCGUUAUCAAUCGAUUCGUCGUUCAAUUGGUGGUAAUGGUACAAGUUCUAGUCGUCAUAGAAGUGGUGGAGACUUUCCAACCUCUUCAACGGGAACAAAUUCCACAUCUCAACGAAAUUAUUUGAAACAGCCAUUAUUUUCCGCUCAACAACAACAACAACGUUUUCCUUCAUCGAAUACAUCAGCUGCAAUCGGGUUUUCUAAUACUGUUGCUGGUACAGCCACCAGCGGAAAUGCAUUAAAUAUUCAAAGUGAUUCUGAUUUAAUCGAUUCACCUUCAACGAUCAAUUGUAGUCAAGGUUCCGGUGUUUUAAGUUUAACACAAGCUUAUUUCACUGGAGGACAAUCCUCAUCUAAUGGUGCUCAAUCCUGUAAUCAACAAUCAUCCAUUAUUCUAGCAUCAUCUCCCUCAGCAACUGCAGGCAUUGCACAACCAGAUUCAACUAUUGGUUCAUCGGCAACGAAUAUUCAACAAUCACAACAACAAGAGCUGACGUCUACUCCACCACCACCACCACCAUCAUCAUCAUCGACUACGAAUCGAAUUCUUGAUGUGCCGGCACUUCGUUUUCUAUUACGAUCUGAUUUUUUCAAUGUAUUACAUCUAAAUGAUGAUGCUCUCAGACAAUAUAACGAAUCAUCAACAUUGAAACCUAUGGUAACGAAAAUUCGUCGUGAAGGACAGAAAUCACCACCAUCAACUGAAUCAUUUCAAAGAUAUCAACAUAAUCGUGAUCUUGUAUCAUUAAUCAAUAAAUUUGCCAGCACGGACAAACCACUUCCACGAGGUUGGGAAUCCAAACGUGAUCGUUCGAAUAAGAUGUUUUUUAUCGAUCAUACCACUCGAUCGACUACUUAUAUUGAUCCACGAUUACCACUUGAUCUACCCGAAGUAAAUCCACAUGCAGUAUCGAUGGCACCGAUCCGUAGACGUACUGGUAACCGUCCGGGAACUAAUUCACCAGCAGCAGCUGGCAUACAUCCGCAAGUUGAUAUGAUGAUUGCUGCAGGAAUGUCUCCAAUUCCACCACCAAGACCACAUUUAUCAGCUAAUAAUAAUUCUGCUGGUACUAUGAAUGGAACCUGUAACGGUUCUGCAUCAACAUCUAUGUUAAUACCUGGGCUAAAUAUUCCUGCACAUUUAUCCGAACAAUCAUUAGCUACAUAUGAAGCAUCAGUACCAACAUCGUAUAAUGAUAAAGUAGUCGCUUUUCUUCAACAACCAAAUAUAUGGGAUAUUCUUUCCGAACGAAAACCCAGUAUCAAAAGCAAUAGUUCAUUGCGUGAUCGUAUACAGACAAUCCGAACAGAAGGCGUUGAUGCUUUACGUCGUUUUACUAAUGAUUUGGAUCUGAUCAUGUUAUUGUCAUUGUUUGAGAGUGAAAUCAUGUCUUAUGUUCCGCCAUCAUCAUCGUCAUCAUCAUCUACAUCAAACAAUAAUCGAACAACAAAUCCACCAAGUUCAAGUGGUUUUUCCCUGAUAUCAAUAACGGCUCCAACCACACGAAUCGCUGGUAGUCAUGGUCCAUAUAAACGUGAUUUCGAAACAAAACUACGACAUUUUUAUAGAAAAUUAGAGAAAAAUGGAUAUGGUCAAGGCCCUUCGAAAUUGAAAUUGAUCGUUCGUCGUGAUCACUUAUUGGAAGAUGCUUUCAACAAAAUAAUGUCCAUAUCUACUAAGAAAGAAUUACAAAAAUCACGUUUAUACAUUUCAUUCACUGGGGAAGAAGGUCUUGAUUAUGGCGGUCCAUCACGUGAAUUCUUCUUUUUACUCUCCCGUGAACUAUUCAAUCCUUAUUAUAGUCUUUUUGAAUAUUCGGCCAAUGAUCAAUACACUGUUCAAAUUUCACCAAUGUCAGCUUUUGUUGAUGAUUAUCAGGAAUGGUUUCGUUUUGCUGGUCGUGUACUAGGCCUAGCACUUAUUCAUCAAUACCUAUUGGAUGUAUUCUUCACACGGCCAUUCUAUAAAUCGUUGCUCAAAUCUGAAUGUGAUUUAUCUGAUCUCGAAUAUUUGGACGCCGGUUUCCAUCAGUCAUUAAUGUGGUUCAAAGAAAAUGAUAUAACCGAAAUGCAAGAUACAUUAAGUCUAACAUUUUCAGUUACGGAAGAAAUAGCCGGAAAAGUAGUUGAAAAGGAAUUAAAACCAGCUGGAAAGAAUAUUCUGGUGACUGAGCGAAACAAAAAAGAAUAUAUUGAACGUAUGGUACGAUGGCGUGUUGAACGUGGUGUUUCACAACAAAGUCAAUCAUUAUUAAAAGGAUUUAAUGAAGUUAUUGAACCACGUAUGAUUGCUGCUUUCGAUGCAAGAGAAUUGGAAUUAGUCAUUGCAGGCACAGCUGAAAUUGAUGUAAAUGAUUGGCGUAAAAAUACUGAAUAUCGUUCAGGUUAUCAUGAUGGCCAUCCGGUAAUUCAAUGGUUUUGGGCUGCUAUUGAACAUAGAUUCGAUAAUGAACAACGAUUAAGAUUAUUACAAUUUGUCACUGGUACAUCAUCAAUACCAUAUGAAGGAUUUGCAGCAUUACGUGGCAGUAAUGGACCACGAAAAUUUUGCAUCGAAAAACUUGGUAAACCAACUAGUCUACCCAGAGCGCACACUUGUUUCAACCGAUUGGAUCUACCGCCAUAUACAUCAUUUGAAAGCCUUUAUGAAAAGCUAUUAUUAGCUGUUGAAGAAUCCUCUACAUUUGGAAUUGAAUAAUUUUUAUCUCUCGCAAAAUCAUAAAAAUAAUUUAUUGAUAAGUGUUUAAAGUACAGAAUGAAAACGAAAA